UGUGAAAGUCCCACCCGGAAGUCUGGUUGUGUUCGGAAGUGGCUAGCUUAGUGCUCGCGCAGCGAAAACCUAAGAAUCGUUUCUGAAGGACGGAACGAAGCACGUAGCCGUGGUCCGGAAAAUUUUUCUGUCCGUUGCACUAAUUCAGCGCCAUAAGAAAAAAAAAUAAGAGACUCAGAAGAGCCUGUCGUCAUGUCGGCACAGAGAAAAGGAGCUGCAGCGCGGCUGCCCAAAUGUUCCUUCUGCAGAACCAGCCGGGACAAGGAGUGCGGUCAGCUGCUGGUGUCUGACAGCCAGAAGGUGGCAGCCCACCACAAGUGCAUGCUUUUUUCUUCAGCUCUCGUUACAUCACACUCGCACAGUGAAAACAUUGGAGGCUUUUCUGUAGAGGACGUGAAAAAAGAGAUCAAGAGGGGAAGCAAGCUGAUGUGCUCUUCGUGUCACCGGCCCGGUGCAACCAUCGGCUGUGAUGUGAAAACGUGCCGGAGGACGUAUCACUAUUACUGCGCGGUGAAGGACAAAGCUCAGGUCAAAGAGAAUCCUUCGCAAGGGAUUUACCUUGUUUACUGUCGCAAACACCGGGACGCCUCUCAGAACGACGCUGAAGAUGAAGAAGGGGGUGUGGCCAAUGAUUCUGACUCCUCCUCACCUCCACAAAGCAGAGGCAGAGGGAGGUUUGAGAAGGGCAGAGCUAAGGCUGGAUCUCGGGGUCAGUCAGAAGAAACUCGCUCCACCUCCUCCUCCCAGGCUGCUGACGAGGAGAGCUCCUCCCACCGGGACAGGUCUCCUCUUCGAGGAAGCACGGGGGAUGGAGGCCAGCGCUGCGGCUUCUGCCACGCCGGGGAGGAGGAGAACGGAACCAGAGGAGUGCUGCACAUGGAUAACUCCAAGAAAGUAGCUGCACACUACAAGUGCAUGCUGUUCUCCUCGGGAACCGUACAGCUGACCACCACAUCACGGGCUGAAUUUGGAAACUUUGACGUGAAAACCGUCAUACAGGAAAUGAAGAGGGGCAAAAGAAUGAAAUGCACACUCUGCAGUCAGUUGGGCGCUACCAUUGGGUGUGAAAUCAAGGCAUGUGUGAAGACCUACCACUAUCACUGCGGCCUGCAGGACAAAGCCAAGUACAUAGAAAACAUGGCCCGGGGCAUCUACAAACUGUACUGUAAGAACCACAGCGGGAACGAGGAGCGGGAUGAGGAGGAUGAAGAGCGGGAGAGUCGCAGCAGAGAGAAGGCUGCUGUUGACCACGGAGGAACACUGUCUACACAGGUUAACGGUAACUAGCCUCAACCUGAGCGCCUCGGAGGAGAGAAACGGAAGAAAAGUUUUUAUACCGGGAACCCCAUCAGCCUCUCACCCGUUUUGUGUUUUUAUUUGUUUUUUUUACAACUAGAUGGACAUGGCGUUCACCAGGUGUCAUCUGUCUGGAGCCUGUUUUGAGUUGACGGGGUCCUUCUCAUAGACGGCUUUACUUCCUGUCGGGGUGCCGGGCUUGGUCAGAACUGAGGAUUGCUGACGGACUGAUUCUCACUCACUGCCCAUGGCGCUCCGGAUCACAUGAACCAUUUGCUCAAAAACUCCUUAAGCCUCCAAACGACUCACUUUUCAGAGGAGUCUAUUUGUUAAGAGUCUUUAUGACACCAUGCCGUUUGAUGACCUUGUUUCAACAGUCAUGUCUUCAAAAAAGCUCAUCAUCCCCCCUUCCUAUGUUAGUUAUUUUGCUACUAUGUGGUCAUGAUGAGUUAUUUCUGAGUACCUGGAUUUCAGUCACAGGUCUGGCCAGCAUGCACUUGGGAUCCCCACAGGUAAAGGUGGCGUUUGUCCUCUUUUGUAUUUGGUUGUGAAAGGGCGACGCCCCUUUUAGAGGAGUUGGCUUGACUUUCUUUGUUGUACUUGUAUCUCAACAAAUGUAUUCAUGAAUGAUUUAAACAGAAACUGUUUUAUUUUACACA